GAAAAAGACGGGGGUUUCCGGUUGGAAAUUCAGUUGUUCAGCUCCACCGACGAAGACAGCAUCGUCUUCCUCGCGUGACCGUCCCUCGCUCUUCCUCUUCGCCGUCGCCCGCCAUCUCGAUCGACGGGUCCCGGACUUCCUCUCUCUCUUUGUCUCUCUGCAUCGUCGCCUCGACCGAGACUUCUGCGGCGCGAGACAGGACUUAUAGCCACGGCCAUGGCGUACACCUUUACGUGCACGAACGACUGGCUCUUGACGGACGACGAGCUCAAGAGCUCGCCGUCGAGCCGGAAGGGCAUUGCGUGGGACCAGGAGGUCGAGCUCCGGAAGAAUGGCAUCAUCUUUUUCGAGAGCCUCGCCAAGAUCUUCCGCAUCCCGCGCUUGGCCGACUCGACGGGCAAGCAAUUGUUCCAUCGGUUCUUCACGCGCGAGUCCUUUACGGACCAUGACAAGUACCUUGUCGCGGCCACGUGCCUCUUUCUGGGCGCAAAGGCCGAGGACCACCCGCUCGCGAUCGCCAACUUUGCCGAGCACUACAUUGCGCAGCGCCGGUCGGUCACGCUCGAGUUUGCCUUGCGCUACCACACGAUCGAGUCGAUCUCGGAGGCCAUCUUGGCCAAAGAGUACGUGGUCUUGCACGCGCUCGGCUUUGAUUUGGACGUGGCCUUCCCGCACAUGCUCUUGAACGACAAGAUUGAGCGCCUCGUGGAACUCCACACGGCGCUGACGGCGGACAUGAAGGCGGUCCUCUCCAACACGCUCCUCAAGACUACGUGGAGCUUCUUGAACGACUGCAGCCGGACGCCGCUGUGUCUGCGCCUCGACGCCGACGACAUUGCUGCUGGCGCCGUGUACCUCGCCGGUAUGCUCGACAACACGGUGCCCGACUCGGUCACGACCAGCGACAGCCAGCCGUGGGAGUGCGUUCUGCGUACGAACCAAGACAUGCUCAUCGACGCGGCGACCUUCAUCUUGGAAGCGUACGUGUGCGAUGGCAUUGACGAAAGCAAGUUGAGUCCGUGUAUCGUCGAGCUCCUCAACCGCUUCCACCCGUACCGCGGGCUGGAAGAGGUCGAGUUCAACACGGACGACCAGACGUCGCCCUUGUCCUUUGCGGGCAUGGACGACGGCGACAACGCGACCGACCUCGAGUCGGACGUGGUGAAUGGCGGCACCCCCGACGACAUCGCCGACAAGGCCUUUGAGGACGAGCAGUACUUCUACCUCGGCACGUCCAAGAAGCGUCGCCUCAGCAUGGACGACGACGAUGACGACAUGGACGCGUCGCCCUCGUACACGCCGUACUCGCCGCCCUAUGGGUGCGGUGCGCCGGUGGUGGCGCCAUUCUCGCCCCUUGCGUCGAGCAAGCGGCCGAAACUUUGAUUAUUUAAGCCUGGGCCGCAACCCCGCCCUAUUUAAAAAGACUAGAAAAAGGAAGUAGUGGAUAGACUGCGUGUGGAUGUAUCUUAACUUAUCGCGGUCGGGCUAUCCCGCGCCCGACCCCAUCAACAUCAUCGGCUUUGGGGUUUUGUGAAACAUAAAAAUAAAGAUUCAAUUCACAUUCGUCUUCCUCUUCA